AUGUUCGGCGACUACGAGGCGCAGCGGCACUGGAUGGAGAUCACCACUGCUUUGCCAAUUCUGGACUGGUACGAGCAGACUGAGGAGAAUGACCUACAGUAUUGGGGCUUGGACUAUCCACCUCUCACAGCCUUCCACUCGUGGCUUCUCGGGAAGCUAGGGCACUUGGCGGACCCCGCGUGCUUUGCUCUGCACAGCAGCCGUGGUCAUGAGGGCGUGGGCUGCAAGGUGUUCUUGCGCCUCUCAGUGAUCGUGUCAGACCUCUUGGUCUACCUUCCAGGAGAACGUUUGUCAGCAAUGCAGGACCCCGCUCUGCUGACUUCAACGGUGCUGCUGCUGUGGCUGCUGCCGCCCCUGGUCUUGAUUGACCAUGGGCAUUUCCAGUACAAUGGUGUGUGCCUGGGCCUCUGCCUCGCCGCAGCGGGCUGCGUGGCCCGCGGCCGGACAGCGCUCGGCAGCGUUCUGUUCACAUCUGGACUGCUCUUCAAGCAGAUCGCGCUGUAUUAUGCGCCAGCGUUCUUCUUCGGCAUUCUGGGCAUCUGCUUGUGGCAGCCGCCCGCUGGAAUCUUCAACGUGAGUCGGCGUGUCGUUGCAACCGGCGUCGUCGUCCUGUGUACUGCCGCGCUGCUGCUUAUGCCGUGGCUGCUUUCUGGGCAGCCAGUUGCAGCAGUGCUCCAGAUCUUGCACCGGAUGUUUCCGUUUGCACGGGGGCUUUAUGAAGACAAAGUUGCCAACUUUUGGUGCUCCGUCUCUGUGGUCUUCAAAGUGCAUCGCGUCCUCCCAGCCGCCUACAUCCCGCGCCUUUGCGCAGCUGUGACGCUGGCAGCGCUGCUUCCUUCAGCGCUCUGCUCACUUCGGCCGGGAGCCGGAAGAGGAGCUUUCGCGGCUACCCUCUUCACCUCCUCACUGUCCUUCUUCCUCUUCGCAUUCCAGGUACAUGAGAAAGGCAUCCUCUUCCCUGCCGCAGCCGCGGCACUGCUGCCCAUGGCUCUGCCUUCGAGGCAUGUGGCCAUGGCCGUGCUGGCAGCGAGGCACUUCCAGCUCGUGGCCCUCUUCUCCAUGUAUCCCUUGAUGGUCAAGGACGCUCUUGUUCUCCCAUACGCCCUGGCAUGCUUGGCGCUGGUGGCAGUCUGUGAGGCGGAUCUUCCUCCCUGCGGUGGAGCCGUCAGAGCCUUGCUCAGGACCUCGUACCUCUUGGGGCUCCUCCUUCAUGGCAUCCAUGCCUUCGCACCGGUCCCUGCGCGGUACCCGGACCUCUGGACGCUGCUGAUUACCAGUGCCAGCUGUGGUUACUUCCUGUGUUCCCUCAUUGUGGUGAGUGUGGCUCAGAUGAGGGGCCUCUUCAGUGCCACUGAAGCGGAAGACACAGCAAAGCAGAAAGAGCAGUGA